CCUCCUGCAGCGGGGGUCCCAGCAAAGAAUCUCCACUUCAGGAAGGUCGCCUCUGGCGUCUCUCCCCCCGGCAGCACCUCACCCAGAGCCCUAAAUAUCUUCCACCGGGAUUUGAAGAGGAAACAGAAAAACUGGGCGGCCCGGCAGCCUGAGCCGAUGAAGUUUGGCUACCUGAAGGAGGAGGUUGAAAGUCGGAUUGCAGACCGUGUGUAUGACAUAGCCAGAAAUUUUUCCCUUGCUUUGGAUAUUGGUUGUGGAAGAGGUUACAUAACACAACAUUUGAAUAAGGCAACUGUUGGAAAGUUUUUCCAAGUGGACAUUGCAGAAAAUGCUUUGAAAAAUAUCUUAGAAAUGGAAAUUCCUACUGUCAGUGUUUUAGCUGAUGAAGAGUUCCUUCCCUUCAGAGAGAAUACAUUUGACCUGGUGGUUAGCAGUUUAAGUUUACACUGGGUGAAUGACCUUUCUAGAGCACUUGAACAGAUUCAUUACGUUUUAAAACCAGUUGGAGUAAUUAUCAGUGCAAUAUUUGCAGGUGACACACUCUGUGAACUUCGGUGUUCAUUACAGUUAGCAGAAACAGAAAGGGAAGGAGGAUUUUCUCCACACAUUUCCCCUUUCACUGCUGUCAAUGACUUAGGACAUCUGCUUGGGAGAGCUGGCUUUAAUACACUGACUGGGGUAACUAUCAAGAGAGUUGAUUAA